GGUCGUCCGACUUGUGCCAUGAGGUCGACGCAAGGCCUUCGCGGUGCGCGAGAGCUCGCCAAGGCCAAGCUCUACGCCACCUCGAGCCGCCCCGAGUGGAAUAACGAGCAGCAGGACUUGAGCCAGCUUCAGUGCUCGGACAAGGAAUUGGCGCUCAAGCACGAGCAGCGGACGUCUAAGCACCUCGAGACAGCCAAAGCGGACCUCUACUUCAAAGCCCAAGCGGACCAGCUCGCGGCUCGUGAGCGAGCGCUGCUUCGCGAUCAAGAAGAGACGCGCAAUCAGCAGUCGAAUGUUCUGAGCCAGCAAGUCAAGCUCAACAAACUCUAUGAAGUCGUCGAGAAGCGCAAUCACGAAGUAGCGCAAAGGGAAGCCAAGCUCGAUGCGCUUGAGAAGGCGUUGCGGGACCGAGAGGUCUUCUUGGCGCAGUGCCAAGCUGCGCUUCAAGCCAAGGAAGCCCAAGUCGCACAGCCCCCAGCCCAGCCGCCGCCAGGAUCUUGUGAUGAAAGUGACAGCCGAGAGCUCGCCCUUCAACACCGCGCGCAGGAGCUAGCGCUAUGGGGGGAACGGCUCGUGCUGCAAGAGAAGCAGCUGGCCACGAUGGAAACGCUCUUUGAGACGCGUCAACAGGAGUGGGAAGACAGCCGCCGUCGCCUCCAAGCCCAGCAUGCGGAUGCCGUCACGACGUGGCAGCUCGAGACGCAAGCGACGACCGUCCGGCUCGCCGAGGCGCGCGAGAAAGAAUUGCGUCAGUACCAAGACAAUAUGUCCAAAUUGGCACUCGAACAAGGGCGACUGCGAGAUCAAGAAGCCGUGCUCCGGGCCAUCAAAGAGGCAACAUCGACGAUGACCAACGAGCACAAGACGCGCGAUGCGGAGCUCGCAGCACGUGCGACUGCGGUCGCCGAGCGAGAGGCGGAGGUCGCAGCGAGAGCGACCGAGCUGGACGCACGCGCGCUCGAGCUGGAAACGAGAGACAAUGUGCGGGUCGAGAAGGAAAAAUGGCUGCGGAAUCGGGAACGAAAACUCGACGUGCUUGCACAGGAUGUCGAGACGCAGCACGAGCUCAACGUGCAAAAGACGAUCGAGCUGGCUCAAGCAGCGGCUCGGCACCCGCCGCUCAACAGUACUACGAUGUCGGUCGCAGUUGCGCAUACCAAUGUGACCGAGGAUAUACCCAUCGCGCUGCCUUUGGCCCAGAAGCCAAAGGAAGGUGGACGAGCCCUGCGUCGGUCGCAUUCGACUUCGGUCCGCCACAGCUCGGUUGAUCCGCCCAAGAACAAUUAUUGCAAACCCAACAACUAACGUCAACGAAUCACAAGUACGGCUGUUGCAGCGUAGUACACGGGUCGAAUCUCUCCACUGUGUUUGGAUGGAAACGAAGCUGCCCACUUGACCCGCGAAUCAACUAGGACUGAGUUCAUCAAUGCAACGCUCCCGGUAGCGUUUGGUGUCGCA